AUGGCUACCACUUCCCUCCACACCUCAAUCUCUCCACGCAGCUUCCUCUCUCUCUCCAAACCAUCUCUAAAACCCCACCGCUCCCAAAUUUUCCUCAGAAACAAACAGAGAAACUUCGUUUCGUGCGCGUUGAUCAACGACGAAAUCGACGUGACUCCAUUGCAGAGCCGAGAUCGGACGGACCAGCAGGAAGUUGCGGCGGUGGUAAUGAGCUCUGAGACGACGGAGAGAGACGGUAACGAAUCAGUGGUUGUUGGAUUCGGUAGCGAGGCUCGGUUAUCUCUAGAAGGGUUUCCUUCUUCUUCUGCAGCUGAUUUAGGAGACGAGAGGAGUAGAGAGAGCGAGGAGACGGAGAAGAUGAUUGAUCGGAGCAUAAACGCCACAAUCGUUCUAGUCGCUGGUACUUACGCCAUCACCAAAUUGCUCACCAUCGAUCAUGAUUAUUGGCAUGGAUGGACAUUAUUUGAGAUUCUAAGAUACGCUCCACAACAUAACUGGAUUGCGUACGAAGAAGCGUUAAAGAGAAACCCUGUUCUUGCAAAAAUGGUGAUAAGUGGAGUUGUGUAUUCAGUAGGAGAUUGGAUAGCUCAGUGUUACGAAGGCAAGCCUCUGUUCGAAAUCGACAGAGCAAGAACGUUGAGAUCAGGGCUAGUGGGAUUCACUCUCCAUGGAUCUUUAUCUCAUUACUACUACCAGUUCUGCGAGCAGCUUUUCCCGUUUCAAGAUUGGUGGGUGGUUCCUGCGAAAGUCGCUUUUGAUCAGACCGUAUGGUCUGCUAUAUGGAACAGUAUUUACUUCACGGUUCUUGGGUUUCUUCGUCUCGAAUCGCCUCUAAGCAUCUUCAAAGAGUUAAAAGCUACGUUCGUGCCUCUGCUCACAGCAGGGUGGAAGCUUUGGCCAUUUGCUCAUUUGAUCACGUACGGUUUGGUCCCUGUAGAACAACGGCUUCUUUGGGUAGAUUGCGUUGAGCUUAUUUGGGUCACUAUACUUUCGACUUACUCAAACGAGAAAUCAGAAGCUAGGAUCUCGGAGUCUGUCACUGAGACCUCUUCGACUUCUACUACAUCCAUUGAUCCGUCCAAGGAAUGA